AUGAGCUCAAUUGAUAUUGGAAGGGGAAUAAAAACUCCGAUAUAUUUGCUUAAGACGAAAUCAACUCCCCAUGAUGCUUACGAGGAGCAGUUUUCUGCCCCAAAAGAUGGAGUGCAGUUUGAGCCGAUUUUUGUCCCAGUACUAGAGCAUACGCAUUUGGAGGAAGGCAUGAAUUUUGUGCGAGACGUACUGCACAAUAAACACAUUGGCCUAAGGGAGGGGGCAAAAUAUGGAGGCAUGGUUUUUACCUCACAGCGAGCUGUGGAGGCGUUUGCGAAGCUUAUUGCCGAGGGGAAAGGUGAAGAAGGAUGGCCUUACCUUCAAGAUGUCCCAAUUUAUGCCGUUGGCCCUGCAACCUCUCGAGCAUUAAAAGCAAUUCUUCAGAACCCGCCCCUCAACGUAUUAGGAGAGACGGUAAAUGGCGAGGAUUUAGCACAUUUUAUGCUGGAUCAUUACGGCGAAUUAUACAAAGCCCGAAGCGGCAAACCGCCUCUCCUAUUCCUUGCGGGCCGGCAAAGACGAGAUAUCAUACCGAAAACCUUGAUGGACCCCUCACUUCCUUCGGAACAAAGAAUACCAGUCGAUGAGCGCGUCGUCUAUGAAACUGAUGUCAUGCGAUCCUUCGGGCAGAACUUUUCUGAGAAAUUAGAAGAGGUUGGAAAUAGAGGCACGAGGUGGGUGGUGGUGUUCUCGCCCACAGGCUGCGAUGCUAUGCUCCGAGCAUUGUUUUACCUUGAUCCGGAAACGCACAAAUAUAGCCCUAGAAUCUGGGACAAGGAUACUACACAUAUUGCAUCUAUUGGAACCACUACUCGGGAUUUCUUGAAGAACACGUUUGGCUUUGAGUCUGAUGUUUGCGCCGCAAUCCCUAGCCCUGAGGGUGUAGACAAGGGUAUAAUGAAAUUCAUGUCGGAACAGAAGGGAUGA